AUGUCUUCGGAAAAAAUUAUAGUACUUAUUAAAAUUAUAGGAAACUCAUCAUUACAUAGUCCCAUUUUUAAAAGAUUAAAUCCAGAUGAUUAUUUAUCAGGUAUUCGUAAAGAACUUGAAAAUGGUAGUAUCAUUAAUGAUAUGCUAUUAUUUUCAAAAGAAGCAAAUAAUGAAUUCGGUGAUAUGAAACGUGAAGAUGAAGAUAACUUUCAUUUAAAAGAUAUUAUAAAAACAGCUGAAAAGCAAGCAUAUACGAUAAAUGACUAUUAUGAGUUAAAUGAAAUUAGUAGUUAUAAAAGAGGUCGACUUGAAUUUGAAUCAAAAGAAGAUUGGAUGAAGAAAACAAAUUUAUUUAUUGAUGUGAAUGGUAUUAAUAUAACGAAUUUUGCAAAGUUAGGAUUAUCAGUUGAAAGGUUACAAAAUAAAAGUUUUAAUGAAGAAAUUAAGUCAGCUUAUCAAUAUACAGAAAUUGGCAAAGUAUCACUAAAAUUCAGCAAAUCAAAUUUGAAAAAUUUAAAAUUAACUUCUGAGUUCAAAAAUGAUUUGAUUGACGCUAUACAAUCCAAAGAUCCUAAAAAAUUUGAGAAAAUUACCCAAGAAUAUGGUCAAUUCAUCCCAACUGAAGUUAUUUUAGGGGGAAGAGUUUAUUUUAAUGAUGUUAAAAAGUUAUCUGUCAGUUCAACAGAUAACUCUAAUAGCGCUUCUGGAAAAAUUGGUUUCGGAUCUUCAAAUGCAAAUGUAGAAGUUAAUUUUAAUAAUUUAAAAGGAACUUCAAAAUUUUAUAAUUUUAAUCAUAUAAAAUUACUUGGAGGAAAGCAUCCUGAUAAUGAAAAUUUUGAUGAAAAAGCUUGGAUUGAAUCUUUGAAAGAUUAUCAAAAUUGGGAUUGUAUUGAAUUCAAAAAUCCCAUAAGCAUUUUUCAACUCUUAUCCGAUGAUUUACCUGGCGAUUUACAGGAUUUGCGUAAAAGAACAUAUAAAUCUAUAGGAAAAAGAAUCCUAUAUACUAUUAAUGAGGAUUUUGUUUAUUUUUUAAAUGAAGCUGGGAGAUGUCGAACUUUUGAAUUACAAAAUAUUUCACAAAAUAUCUUAGAAAUAAUUCAAAAUGAAGAAGCAGAUUGUGAUAUUUUUCCAUCAGUUAUUGAUGCUAAUGAGAAUUCAAAAAAUGUUUUUUUUGAUUGUCAUAUUCUUAGAAAACCAAAAACAAAACCGAGUAUUAUAAUUCAUGGUAUUCAAAAAAAAUUUCGAAAACGUAGAUAUAAAUUAAGAAUUAUGAUAAUGGUAAUUGGAUAUGACAUAAAUUUUAAUUUCAUAUUUCCUGAUACUAUUGGUGUUGAAUUAAUAAAAAAUGGUUACAAUCCACAAAAUCCUUGUGAAUUUUAUACUAUACCGUUACAGCAAGAAUUUGAAUCAAUGCUUGCAAAGGCUAAACCUUUUUUUGGAAUUCCCAUAUUUAGUAAUUUGGAUUCUUCAAAUAAGUCAAUUAUCAUUGGACAUAAGUUUAGCAACAAUCAAUCAAAUAACAAAUUUAAUUCGUGA